CCAUCUCGUUUGAUCCAUUCCGACAAUAAAUUAAUCCAAUCUUUCAUUCUUCGAUCGAAAUAGAGACUUCUCAGUUCUGAUCCUGCUCGAGGAGAGGCGAGGUGAACCCCUCCUCUACACGCGCGACGGCUUAUCCGUUCUAAUCUCAUGCCAGCACCCAGCAGCCAGCCGGACGGAAAGAUCCAACAAGACGUCGUCCUAUAUUCACUCCCUCCGACGGUUUUGGUCGCUUAGGAAUCGGAAUUGGAAUACUACGAGUGUGUUGUUUGUUAACAAGACAGUUGGCACGGUAACUAACUACUGCACCGCCACCUUCCCUCACUCACGAUGCCAAACCACCGCCUCUGCUUCCGCUUCCGCUUCCGCUUACUUCUCUCAACUGUCACUGGACGACUUUUCUUCCCACUAGUACUACUCUCUCUCUAUUCCCUCUCCGCUGCCGCCGACACCGCCACGACCCCCAUAUCCCUCUUCCAGCAAUACCUCAGAAUCAACACCGCCCACCCCAACCCCGACUACUCCGGCGCCGUUUCCUUCCUCCAAGCCCAAGCCCAAUCCCUAUCCCUCAACCUCCAAUCACAGCUCCUCCACUUCUCCCCCGCUGCGAAGCCUCUUCUCCUCCUCACCUGGCCGGGCUCCGAUCCCUCCCUCCCGUCAAUCCUCUUCAAUUCACAUCUCGACUCCGUCCCCGCCGAGCCCUCCAAGUGGCUCCACCCCCCUUUUUCCGCCACCCGCACCGCCGACGGCCGUAUCUUUGCCCGCGGCGCCCAGGACGACAAGUGCAUCGCCCUACAGUACCUCGAGGCCAUCCGAAUCCUGCAGCAGGAUUUCAACUUCACACCCCUUCGGACAAUCCACAUAUCCUAUGUUCCUGACGAAGAGAUUGGCGGGUUGGAUGGGAUGGCCAAGUUUGCCAAUUCCCAGGUGUUUGAAAAGCUUAAUCUGGGUUUUGUGCUUGAUGAGGGACAGGCCUCGACCAACGAUGAAUACAGGGUUUUUUACGCCGAUAGGUCGCCGUGGAAUUUGGUUAUCCGGGCGUCGGGGACGCCGGGACACGGGUCGAGAAUGUAUGAUAACUCUGCAUUGGAGAAUUUGAUGAAGAGCGUUGAGGUGAUCACUAAGUUCAGGGAGGGUCAGUUCGAUGUGGUUAAGGCUGGAUUUGCGGCCAACUCGGAAGUUAUUUCGGUCAAUCCCGUGUAUUUGAAAGCUGGGAUUCCUUCCCCUAAAGGCUUUGUGAUGAAUAUACAGCCAUCUGAGGCAGAAGCAGGAUUCGAUGUUCGAUUGCCACCCACUGCAGAUUCAGAUCUUUUGAAGAAAAGGAUUGCAGAUGAAUGGGCACCAGCUACCAGAAAUAUGACUUAUGAGAUAAUUGAGAAAGGACCACUAAGAGAUUACAUGGGACGCCCUCUGAUGACCCCCACUAAUGAUUCCAACCCUUGGUGGUCCGUUUUUAAGCAGGCUGUCGAAGGAGCUGGUGGAAGGCUUUCAAAGCCUGAAAUCCUGUCUUCAACUACUGAUGCUCGCUACAUAAGACAGAUGGGAAUUCCCACUCUUGGUUUCUCCCCAAUGAAGAAUACUCCUAUCUUACUUCAUGAUCAUAAUGAGUUUUUGAAGGAUACAGUUUACAUGGAGGGAAUUAAGGUAUACGUCUCAAUAAUGAAAUCUUUGAGCUCCUUUGUUGGAGAUGCUUCUCUUUAGUAGUGAUAUCUUCAUGGUGGAUUGAGUUUUGGCUGUAGUAAUCAGUAAUCUCUGCUCAACAUUCUUUCCCCUUCUCUCCAAAUUGUACUGGCUGUAUUAUUAUUGUUUGCCAUAUUCUAUCACUCAUGUUUGGCAAUUAUGCAAUCAUAAUAGUAGUUGUUAUUUAGCACUGUUGCCUCUGUAAGCUCAAUUUUAAGUAUGCAUUUAUCAGCAUUUAUUGGCUAAAUCUCUGCUUGUAAUUACUCAACUUUAACAUCAUGAACGCGAUAAUUGGCAAAGAAAAUUGGAACUGAA